GAGGUGAGGGGAGAACGGACUCCCCUUGGGCGCCAGGGGGCCGCUCUUCAAGGCCGGUUCUCCUGCGGGCGGCGGCACCCAGCUCGGCGCUGGCCGGACGCCGGGUGCGCCCUGGACGCGCGGUUCAAGGCCCAGAAAGCUUGGGCAACCGACGCCGGGGUCGGGACUGCAGGACCAGAGCCUCAAGAGGAGGCGAACAAAUAGUCCCCAGCGCCUCCUCUGGCCGCCGUGGAGCCCGUGGUCCCAGCCACCACCGGGCGGGCCGGGCUGGGCCGGGUCAGGCCGAGCCCGGAGCACGGUCCUUGGCCUGCGGACUCUAAUUGCGGCGCUUAUGUUGAUGAUAAUUUAAAAAAAAAAAAAUCACAGCAGCCCCCAGUUUAGCGGACUGAUUUACUCCCGGUAUUGGUAAAUAUGAUCACGUGGGCCGCGCGACCAAUGGUGGAGGCUGCAGCCUGCGAACUAGUCGGCGGCUCCGGCGCCGGCGGGGAGCGGCUCGGCGGCGGGCAGUGUAACCUUGGGUGGGAGCGCGCGGCGCCUCAAAAUGUCCUCCAGUGGCACCCUCAGCAACUACUACGUGGACUCGCUCAUAGGCCAUGAGGGCGACGAGGUGUUUGCGGCGCGCUUCGGACCGCCGGGGCCAGGCACGCAGGGCCGGCCUGCAGGUGUGGCCGACAGCCCGGCCGCCGCCGCCGCCGAGUUCGCCUCGUGUAGUUUUGCCCCCAAAUCGGCCGUGUUCUCCGCCUCGUGGUCCGCGGUGCCCGCCCAGCCCCCGGCGGCGGCGGCGAUGAGCGGCCUCUACCACCCGUACGUUCCCCCGCCACCCCUGGCCGCCGCCGCCUCCGAGCCCGGCCGCUACGUGCGCUCCUGGAUGGAGCCGCUGCCGGGCUUCCCGGGCGGCGCGGGCGGCGCGGGCGGAGGCGGCGGUGGCGGAGGCGGCGGUGGCGGAGGCGGCGGUGGCCCGGGCCCUGGUCCCGGCCCCGGCGGCCCAGCCAACGGGCGCCACUACGGGAUUAAGCCUGAAACCGGAGCGGCCCCGGCCCCGGCCCCGGCGGCUGCUGCCGCCGCUGCCUCCACCACCUCCUCCACUUCCUCGUCCUCCUCUUCCAAACGGACUGAGUGUUCCGCGGCCCGGGAGUCCCAGGGGAGCGGCGGCCCCGAGUUCUCGUGCAACACGUUCCUGCGGGACAAGGCGGCAGCGGCAGCAGCGGCGGGGGGAACCGGGCCCGGGGUGGGCGGCUCGGCGGAGUCCUCGGCUUGCAGCGACCACCCGAGCCCGGGCUGCCCACUGAAGGAGGAGGAGAAGCAGCCGCAGCCGCCGCAGCAGCAACUUGACCCAAACAACCCCGCAGCGAACUGGAUCCACGCUCGCUCCACCCGGAAAAAGCGCUGUCCUUACACCAAAUACCAGACGCUAGAGCUGGAGAAGGAAUUCCUCUUCAACAUGUACCUCACCCGGGACCGGCGCUACGAAGUGGCCAGGAUUCUGAACCUCACCGAGAGACAGGUUAAAAUCUGGUUCCAGAACCGUAGGAUGAAAAUGAAAAAGAUGAGCAAGGAGAAGUGUCCCAAAGGAGACUGAGCCGGGCCGGCUGUGGGCCGCUUGGGAGCGCUUCGAGGCAGCGGGGCUGUGUUCCUUUGUGGGUGCUUGAAUUCCAGCAACCCUCCCGGCAGCUCAGACGUUCUGUUCAGUUUUGUUUUAGGUAGAGGUGACUGUGUGGUUGGUCUCUGUGAGAUAUUUCGGGGGACUCUAUUUGCUCGCUUCUGUGUUGGAGAACCCCAGUAAGGUCUCUCCCUGCCUCCCUCCCCAGCUCCACUGGUUCCUUAGGAAAUGCUGUUUUGUGAGUGCACGCUGGUCUGAGGAGCCAUCUCCUGUGUACAUUCCCCC